CCGAGCAGAUCGGGCUCUUCUCUAGCAUGCUUCGACUCGCCACCAUCGCCUGCGCGGCGACCGCGGCCUCGGGCCUCGUCGCGCCGCGCCUGCCCGCCGCCCGGCAUACGACGACGGCGCGGUUCGCCGCGGCGACGGCGGAGAAGGCCGACGUGCAGCUCGUCGACUGCCCCUACACGCAGUGGGGCGAGCCCUUCGACGUGCGCGCCGCCCAGGCGGCGAAGCGCGGCGCCCAACCCGAGCCCUUCAUCCACGAGCUCGCCCCGCCCGCCGGCGCGUCCAAGGCCGACGAGCUCGCGUGGCUCACGGAGCACGCGGACGACGUGAACGCCAAACUCAGCAGCCACGGCACCGUCUACCUGAAGGGCUGGGAGCUCGUCAAGGACGCCGAGGGCUUCCGGAGCGCCUACGAGGCCCUGAACCUCAGCCCCUGCCGCGACCCCCUCGACGCCGUGUCCGCGCGGCCCAUGGUCGACAAGGGGUCCGCGGUCUACGAAGCGGUAAACAAGGAGUCGCGCGCGAACUUCUUCAUCGGCAUGCACAACGAGUUCGUCGGCACGCGGGCGCCGCGGGCGGCCAUGUUCGUCUGCUUCAAGCAGGCCGACGAGGGCGGCGAGUUCAUGGUCGCGGACGGCCGCGCGAUCUUUCGGGAUUUAGAUACGGAUUUGCUCGGGCGGCUCUACGACAAGCAGAUCCGCUACAGCGUCAUGGAGCUGCCCUUCUUCUCCUUCCUCGACAACCUGCCCGACGGGCUCCAGCCCCCGGCGGCGUCCGCCGUCAAGGGCCUCGUGUCCGCGGCGAUCAACGCCAAGGUCGACUUCGACGUCAAGAUGCAGUGGAUCGACGGCGACGGCGGCUACGACGACGCGCGGACGCUCCAGGCGCGGGCGCCCGUGCAGCCGCCCGCCGUGCUCCACCCGAAGACGGGCGAGCCGACCUGGUUCUGCAACGUCCACAGCCACAGCGCGAAGCUCCGGAAGUCGCGCGAGAAGAUCUACGGCGAGGAGUUGUUCACCGACGGCGCGUCGCAGAUCAACAAGAGCGACAUGUACUACGGCGACGACUCGGACCUCGACGAGGCCGACCUGGCCCACAUGGACGAGGUCACGAAGAAGCACACGACCUACCUGAAGAUGGCGCCGGGCGACGCCGUCCUCGUGGACAACUACCAGACCAUGCACGGCCGCAACGUCUUCAAGGGCACGCGCAAGCACGCCGUCUCCUGGUUCGAGUGAGCGGCGCGGUAAGGUGUCUGGUGCC